AUGAUCACUCGAAGUUUAAGAAGAACACUAGCAACAACUACCACUACAACCUCAUCAUCAUCAACACCAUCCAGACUCAGACCAACUCCACCGAAAAAGACAUCAAAAUCACAGGCCAAAAAAUAUUCAUUUUAUGACUUAGUAUUAAGAACCCCAUCACAUCCUCAACAUCCAAUAGAAGCCUCAUUAAUGACUACAGAUGAAUUAAGUAAAUUAAAAGCUCAUACUAAAACUCGUUUUGAAGGUAAUUAUUCAAUAGAUACUUCAAUAACACCAGAAGAAAGAAUACGUAAAGUAUUUGGAGGUAGGAUAAAGGGAGAAGAUCGUAAAUCAUCAAGUAGAAUUAUUCGUGGAGAACCUCGUAUAAUUGCAGGAAUAACAGUACCUUCAAGACCACCAGAACCUGAUAAUUGUUGUAUGAGUGGUUGUAUAAAUUGUGUAUGGGAAUUAUUUGAAGAAGAUUUAAAAGAAUGGAAUGAAAAAAGACAAAAAGCUGCUUCAUUACUCAAGAAAAAUGGUGGUAGAUGGCCUGAAAAUUUUAAUCCACCUUUAAAAUAUUUAAAUAAAGAAAAUUAUCCAAAACUGUUAGCUAAUAAAUCUCAAUAUGAAGAUGCUUUAAAAACUGAUGAAGAUGAAAGUUGGGGUGAUGUACCUGUUUCUAUUCGAGUAUUUACUGAAGUUGAGAAAAAAUUAAAAAUGAAACAUAAACAGCAACAACAACAACAACAAGAAUCAAAUAAUUAG